AUGUCCGAUCUCACAUCCCUGUCGGAAAGUGUCCUCGAUUUCGAAUAUGAAAAUGGUCGACGUUAUUGCAGUACCCGAUCUGGAACAUACAUGUAUUUUCAGCCCUUCUGUGGAGGUUGUCUGGCUGGAAAAGCUGACCAAAUCAGGAUGCCAAAUGAUGAAGAGGAGCAGGAUCGAAUGGAUCUGACACACCAUAUAUGGCUGAUGAUGUUGAAAGGAGAGCUUUACAACGCCCCCAUCGGAGAAUCACCACAGAACAUCCUGGACCUGGGAACUGGAACAGGCAUCUGGGCCAUGGACAUCGCUGAAAAGUUUCCCAGCGCGCACGUGAUUGGAAAUGAUAUCAGCCCUAUCCAGCCCAGCUGGGUGGCCCCAAACAUCGAGUUCGUCGUGGAAGACUUCGAAAGUGAAUGGCAGUAUAAGAGAAACCACUUUGACUUCAUCCACGCUCGAUGCCUGGCAGGAUGCGUCGCCGACUGGCCCCAAUUCUUCCGCCGAAUCUUCAACCACGUCAAGCCAGGCGGUUACUUCGAAACACACGAGAGUGCUGUGUGGGCACGGAGCGACGACAACUCCCUGAAAGAGAACUCCGCCCUAAUGGAAUGGCAGCAGGCUGUCAAUUUUGCGGGCGAGAAGAGCGGUCGAGAACUUAACGUUUAUCACAAAUUAAAGAACUGGAUGAUCGAGGCUGGGUUCGAAGAUGUUACGCUGUCUGUUUAUGCGCUGCCCUUCUCGCCUUGGCCGCGUGAUCCUCAUCUCAAGGCUCUGGGCAAGUACCAGGCUGUGCAGUUGCAGCAGGCUAUUGAUUCCUAUUCGCUGCGUCUGUAUACGCAGGUCCUGGGCUGGAGCUCGGAUGUGGCGAAGAUUCAUAAUGCUGUUGUUAAGCAGGAGUUGAGGGAUAAGAAGUUGCAUGCUUAUGUUCAAACGUACAGUUCAUACCCCCCUUGA